GCGGCGACGAAGCACGGGGUGAUCGGGUUGACGAAGAGCGCGGUGGGACCGAGAAUCAGAGUGAAUGCGGUGGCUCCGUGAGUUGUGAUUGCCGGUGCUUUUGACGCGAUGCUGAUUGAGCUGCAGAGGAGCGAUCCAGACGCCGCUGAUGGACCAGGCGGUUGAAAUCCAGGGAGCGCCGGUCACGUCGCCGGCGGUGAUGAAGAGAAAUGGGACGCCGGAUGAGGUGGCCCAGUCAGUGCUGUUUCUGUUGAGCGAUGCAUCAUCGUAUGUCACAGGCACAGUUCUGAGUGUGGAUGGAUACAGAGCCAAGAUAGAUGGACGUAACUGCGUUAGAAUUGGGUAUUCGCUAAAUGUGACAUGGAACUCGAAACGCCGAUCCUGUUUUCGCCGCUGUAUAUCACAAAUGCUCUAUGAAAACCGAUGUAGAAACGAAGAUCAAUCGGAAAGAUGAAGUUCCAUCACUUGUACAACCAUAGGAAUGCCCCGGUGACUAGGAGCAGAAACAGAAAGAUGAGCCUCGAUCCGGUAAAUCGCGUGGUCAGCAGCAGCAAG